AGCGAACGAGAGAUAAGAGAGAGAGAGAGCAGUGCCUGAGGAACACUCAGACAGAACAAAUGAGCAGCCGCGGCUCGACUCCCGCCAGAGACGCUGAUAUCGGCACGCCGGAGAGAGCUGCUUCACCAGGAGUCAGAUUACAGCGCUCUGACACACGGCUGAGGACGGAGGUGCGAGAGCGAGACUCAGACUUUCUCUGAAGUGGGAUCUCCUCUCACACACGCCGUGUACAGAAAGCCAGCGAGGUGUCGUUGCAGUCCUCGUGGUCACGGUUCCCACAUGCACAGAUGAGAUUAUGGACUCACUCUUGACGGCAGCGGUGCACGGGGACGCCACGGACCUGGACGCGUGACGACCAUGGAGAGCAUGUUUAUGGGUAACGCGUGUCAGAGCGGACUGGUGCCAGCGCUGGUUCGAGCUCCUCUGCCCACCGUGACGCCCUCUCUGGGCAUGAAGCACUUCCUUCCCUUCCCUCUGGACGGCGGCUCCACGCUCAGCCUCAUCCCCAGCUUCAGCAGCAUGGACCCUGUUCAGAAAGCUGUUUUGCAUCACACGUUCAGCGCCUCGUCCUCGUCUAAAAGGAAAGCUGUCUCGUGCGGCGUGUGCCAGCUGAGGUUUAACUCACAGAGCCAGGCAUUGGCCCACUACAAAGGCACCAAACACGCCAAGAAGCUGAAAUCCUUGGACGCCCCGAAAUGCCUCAAACACAAGAGUUCCCUGGUCACCAGAGAAAAUACCAACAAGGAGCCGCCUAAAGGCCUCUCUCUCUCCACGACGGCCGGCAACACUGACACAAAAGGUGGGAGUCCUGUAGAGCCCGUGGCCCCUUCUUCGCCCUCUUCUGCCCCGGAGUCCGGCCCCGGCGUGGAGCCCACAGAGCCGGAGUCUACCUCAGGGUCAGGAGGAGAGGACGGCCGCUCCAUCACGCCCAGCCCGCCUGAACCGGAGGAGAACGACCCCGCCGUCAGUCCGGAGACAGAGACCGAGCCGGAGACGGAGGAUGAGAAAGCUCUGCGUCUGCUCUACUGCUCGCUCUGUAAGGUGGCCGUCAACUCGGCGUCACAGCUAGACGCUCACAACAGCGGCACCAAACACAAAACCAUGCUGGAGGCUCGGAGCGGGAACGGCUCCAUCAAAUCCUUCCCCAGGGCCGGGCUGAAGAGCAAGCUGGCGGCUCCCGCUAAAGCAGACACGGGCCUGCAGAACAAGACAUUCCACUGUGAGACCUGCGACGUGCACGUCAACUCAGAGACGCAGCUCAAGCAGCACAUCAGCAGCAGACGCCAUAAAGACAGAGCUGCAGGGAAACCAGCUAAACCCAAGUACAGUCCUUACACCAAAACCCAAAGAGGAGCCACCAAACACACGCAGGUGAAGAUGUCAGCCGGUAAAGACCUGUGUCCGCCGCUGACCACCAGGAUAUUACCGUCUCACCUGGCAGCUGUCGCCGCCGCAGCCGCCGCCGUUGGCUCCGCCUUCCCGCUGCGUGCCUGCCAUAACCCCGCCCUCUUUCAGACUCAGUCCCUCCCCACCACGCUGCUCCGCCCUGCACCGGGGCCAAUCAGGACUGCUCACACGCCUGUACUGUUUGCCCCUUAUUGACCUUUGAACUAUGACCUCCCGAGGAUCGGAUCAUUAACCCCUCCAUCACCUCAUACUCGGAUCCAAUGCGUGAUAUCGCAAUAAUUUAAAGACAAAACACGAACCAGGUAACUAUGCAUCAUCAUUUACAUGUGACACACUGACGUGAAGCUAUAAAUAUAUUGGCGGAGAUUUGAUUUUUGUUUUUCUUCUGAUUCAUCACUAUCAUCGCUUACAGUACAAGACCGAUUUGUAAAUUUUAAGAUGAGUUCGGGAACACGGAGAUGUUAAUAAUCGGGGGAAACGGAAAGUUGUAUUUCUCUGCUGUUUUGCACUUUAAGUCUGUCUGUUUUCAGUGCUUUAGGUGACUAGAUCCCUUCCUGUUUCCAGCUGUUGGUCAGCAGUGCUUCAUUUGUCGAUGGACCCGUUUCACAUCUCUGCCAUUCUCAGAAACAGAUUUAAUCAUAAGGAAGCGGUGAAUCAUUUUGCAAAGAAUUAUUUAUAUUGGAAAAAGAAAAAAAAAACUUCAUAGUGUUUCUGCGACUUCGCAAAGGAGGAGGAAAUAUUUAUGCAUAUUUCAGCAAAAUCAUCUAAAAAAAAAUUAUAUAUAAAAUAUCUACAUUAUCAGUUAUGAUGAUCAGAAAACAGAAAUGUCAAAUCUGCAACCACUCCCUCAAAAAAUACAAUUUUUACUCAUUUAUUUUCCAAAACGAAUGGCUUUAUCAUUAAUCAUGCAUUUAAAAAAAAAUCACUAAUUUCACAAAUUGCAAGUAAAUUUCACAAAUAAAGAAACGCCAAUUGGCACAUUGAAUUAAAAUGGGAAAUUUCCAAGAAGAAAACCUAAAGAAAAAAAACUGCAACGUAAAAAAGCAAAGUACAGCGUUAUGGAUGCACAUGAAAACAUUGCUGGAUUUACGGUGUUAAUAACUCUGGAAAUGCAUCUGUGAAACAGGUCCAUCAAGACAUAACGGAAUGAGUUAUUGGUGAUGGAUCUGGCAGGUCUGGGACAUUAAAUGUGUGUUUCAUACAGUUGUAAUGUAAGGCUCUGCUUUCACAGACAGAGCUUAGCCUAUGCCAGGAUUGGGCCAUAGUUUAUUUAAUUUUUAUAAACAUUACUGGUGUGCAUCUUGAGACAAAACACUGUAUGUUUUAAGAUCAGCCAGCGCAAGUUCUUCUCAGUUGAAACAUCUCAGAUUUACGUUUCAGUCUAAGACUAGGCUUAGUCUCAUCUGUGAACGGGGGGAAGAAGUGUUAUUAUUAUUAUUAUUAUUAUGUUAGGAUUGUUAGGCCUGCUGAUAUCAAAAAUGGUCAAAUAAAAGUUAAUUAAUUCAGUUUUAAGGCCCUGCAAAAACGGUCAGUGUUUGCAGUCCGAUUCCAGAUCCAGAUCCAGCUUUUCCAGUACAAAUUAAGCCCUGUUGUACCUGUUAGUGAAUAUAUAUAUAUAUGUGUGUGUGUGUGUGUGUGUGUGUGUGUGUGUGUGUGUGUGUACAGCAGAACUUGGGGGAAGAUAAGUAGGUAAUUUCCAAAGUAAAAUGCUGCUGAUUCAUGUCAAAGCAAGGUUAAAAAUAUAGUAGGAUGUUUGCUAAACAGAUAAAUAUGUAAAUAUGUAGGAGUGUGUGUGUGUGUGUGUUUGCGUGUGUGCGUGAGUGUGUAUGUGGGGUGA